AGGAAUCGGGUCUCCUUUAAGACCCUGAGUGAUCCCAUUUGUUCAAGAGACUUUUAAUGGGUAGUAUUUUUAGCGCCUGAUUAUAAUUCCUGCAAAAUCACGUUAUGAUUUAUAUCGUUUAAAAUGUGUUAUAAUGACCAUUAAUGUCUAUUAAACCAGAUGGUUCAUAUACUAUUAUAUAACUGAAGUUAUAGGUUGUGAAAUCAAGCAUUUCUUGUUCUAACUGUUUUGUAGUUAGCUUAUGUACUAGCAUAGCAUACAUCUACCUAAUUAGCCUGCUAGCUUAGCUUAUAUUAUAUUAUGUAUGUUUUUUGCUUCCAAUAUCUGUUUCCAGUUUGUUUUAUUAUGCAAUAGGCAUUCAUUUUAUAUUUCAAGUAUGUUGUUUGUGCACUUAAUGUAAUAAACAUCAUACAAUAGUGAAAUAGGUUAUAAUUAGUCAAGACAUCACGAUAACAACUUUUGAUCAGGCAUUACCGCCUGGGUCCUAAAGGAGACCCGAUUCCUAGGGGGGACUCGAUUUCUCGUGACACCACUUCAAGUUGAACACUAUGAACGCGUCAUUAAACUAUUCAUACAACAGAUUCGUUAAAAACAGAUUUGUUUUGAACCGAAACACCAUUGUGUGCGGUUUUUGUGAGUUUGGAAAGAUUUGCGUUGACCUAGCAAAAACAGACAACUAUAAUUGGCAACAUUAUGUAAGUUACUCAGUUUGAAAUGUAUGUUUAUUGAAUUGUUGUAUAAAAGCGAUAAAUAGCACAGUCUCAAUCGCAGUGUUCUUACUAGAUUUGGCCGUAUCGACACAAGGUCAGUAUUCGUCCGACAUUACAAAACGCAGCACUCUUUCUCGUGUGAUGUUUCUUGUAGGGACAGUUCACCAAAUAUGAAAAUUCAGUCAUUAUUUACUCACUGUGGUGUUCUAAAGCCGUAUGAUGUCCUUUCUUUUUCGCAACACGAGGAGAAAUAAAAUGUUCUGCUCACCAUUGACCACAAUGGGAAUGUUGACCUUCUUCUAACUUUAAAAAGGUCCUUUUUAAAGCUUUAACAAGGUGACCAUUUAUUGCCUUUAUAUGCACAAGCACAAAAGGGACAUUCAAUCUUUAACUUAAAUCGAACUUCAUUAUAGGCUAGGCUUUAAUUUGAACAUAAUUAUGCAUAAUUGACUCUUGUCUGAAUGUUAUGUGUGGUUUUGUGUUCAUUUGUUUACCCAACAGCUAUAUGAGGAUGUGAUUUAAGUUUAGAACUCACAAAAUUAUUCUACUCCCAGACUGCCACAGGCUACAAUACCACAUAGGCCUAUUGUUUUAAAACUAAUAUUUAUUUUGUUUAUUUUUUUCUCGAAAAGAGUUCAUCCACUUGUGUGCUCUCUGAGCGCAUGAAAGCUUUUUAGAGGUAGGCUACACGCGGGUAUUUUUCUCCUGUGUAAAUGAGCGGGACACAGACAUUGGUGUCAGACUCUCCCUCUCUUUCUCUCACUCACUCACUCGCUCACAGCUGCAGAGAGAAGCAGCGCAACACACACCGUACAGCAGCACACGCAGCGCGAUGGUGCGCGUCUCUCAACUUAACAGCGUUUCAACACGGAAUCAAACUUGAGGACUUGUGAGAAAAGUCCGUUUAUCAAGAUUGUCAAGUGUUUAACCUUGAUAUACGCAAAAUGGAAAACAAACUAUUUCCAGGAUCCUAACACAACACCAUAACGAACAACCUCAUGGUGAUAUCCACAUGAAGGACUAAAGACGCGCCACGCACGGUCACCUUCGCUGUUGAGGAGACUUGCGAGAGGAUCCCAAGUACAGCAUCUGCUCCGUAACAACGACACGUUCCUGCCAGCAGUUACGACCGAACCGGAUCCCGCAGAUCAAUGAAGAAUGCGCGAGCGCACGCACAGUCGAUGAAGCCGGCGGCGGGAUCAUGCGUGUUCUGCCCGAGCCGAGCGCGCAGUCACUGCGGCUGGUAUUUCUUUUCGUCUUCGUCAUGGAUGUAGCGCCGUCCCCGGCUCUAACCGCCGGCUGCCCGGACCGCUGCGUGUGCGACGACCAGCUGGUGGUCCAGUGCGCCUGGCAACAGUUAAGCGACUUCCCCGUGGAUCUCCCGCUGGCCACCCGGCAGCUGAUCAUCUCCAAUAAUCGGAUCGGCGAGUUGCCGGCGCUGCAGCUCAACUACCUGUCGGACCUGGUAUACCUGGACUGCAGCAACAACUCGUUGACGGAGAUCUCCGAGUCCACCUUUGGAAACCUGCGCAAGCUCGCCUACCUGGAUCUGUCUUUCAACAGCCUGGCGCAAAUCGAGGACCGGACGUUUGGCCCGCUGGCCAGCCUGGUGAUGUUGAGGAUGACUGAUAACCCGGGGCUGUCGGAGAUCCACCCGGACGCGUUCGCGGAGAACGCGGCGCUGCAGGUGCUGGACGUGAGCCGCAACAACCUGACGGCGCUCAACAUCAGCUCGUUGAUCGCGCUGCCGGCGCUGCGCUCUCUGGGGCUCAGCGGGAACCCCUGGAGAUGCGACUGCGACACGGAGGACCUGUGCCUCUGGAUCCAAAUAGAGGGCUUCAAGUUCCAAGAUGAGGGGCAGACGGUGUGCCAGGGGCCCCCGGACAUGCUGGGUCAGCGUCUGGCUGAGGUGGGCAUGCAGCUGCGAUCAGAAUGCCACCAGGGCUUGGGUUACUGGGACUACCUGUUCUUCAUCGCCAUCGGCUUCGUCAUCUUCAGCGCUGGGACGGUCUCGGCGUGGGUGAUGGGCGUGCUCAUGGUUCUGUACGAGCGGUACAGCAAGAGAAAGAGCGAGGAGCUCGACAGUGAGGAUGAGGAGGAGACAGUCAGCCGAGGGGCAGGAUGUGGAGGUGGAGGAGGAGGAGGAGGAGGAGGAGGGGGUAACCAUGGCAAUGGGGACUUGAGCAAACCAGGCAUGCAGGUGUGACCAGAGGACAGAGGGACGCUGGGAAAUCUUUGAUGAACAGACAGCGAGCUGCGGACAGAUUCGCAAAGGAGUUUUCUUUUCUAUAAAGAGAUUUUAAGUGCACUUUUUAGAAUGUGUCAACAUUAGUUUUAGUUUAAGAGAAGAGAAGGGCAGGACAGACAGAUUAGAUUUAUUUCUAUUCUUCUAGGUGGACUCAGACAGACAGAGAGACAGUUGAGAGGGUCACAGUGAACUGUGUUUUUGACAGAUCUGGGGUUGGUCUUGGUUAAAUGCAUAGAAGUAAUGCUCUCACACACACAACGCUCUCCCCAGUGUUAGUAAUGUAGUUGGGGCAGGGUGACAACACUGUGUUUCACACUAACGAGAGAGACAGCAAGAAGGAAGGAAAAAAGGAAAAAGAUAGAUAGUUAGAGAGGCUUGAAGACGAAUCCAGUAUCCUAUCUCAGCUUUUAUUUUUUGCUCAGUCAAAGAAAGGAAUAUAAAUGGAGGAUAUUCAAGGCAGUCUCUUCAGACUCAUGCAGUGUGAAAUGAAGGAAUGGAAGACGGAAGACUCUUCUAAACUGUCUGCACAACUCCAUGGAAGGCUGAAAAUGCUUUUUUAAGGGGUCACAGACUGACUGACUGCUCAGAUGAUGGAUUGAGAACAUUAUAUUGCAGGGCUUGACAAUAAGGAUUUGUUUCUGCUCGCCCGGUCAGGCUUGUAAUCUUCACUUGCCCCUCGACAAAUAUAAUAGCUGAUUUUAUCAUCAAUAAACAAAUUAAUUAAUUUAAAAAAAUACACUACUAUUCAAAAGUUUGGAGUCGGUAAGAUUGUUUUUAAGAAAUUAAUAAUUUUAUCAGCAAAGAUGCAUUUAAUCGAUCCAAAGUGACAGUAAAGUCAUUUAUAAUGUUACAAUUAUGUUACAUAUUAAUAAUGUUACAUAUUUUUAUUUCAGAUAAAUGCUGUUCUUUUGAACUUUCUAUUCUUCAAACAAGUAGUUUCUUGUAGUUUCCACAAAAAUAUUUAAGCAGUACAACUGUUUUGAUCACUGAUAAUAAUAAGAAAUGUUUCUUGAGCAUCAAAUCAGCAUAUUUGAAUGAUUUCUGAAGGAUCAUGUGACACUGAAGACUAGAGUAAUGAUGCUGAAAAUUCAGCUUUGGUCACAGAAAUAAAUUACAUUUUUAAGUGUAUUCAAAUAUAAAAUAUUUAUUUAAAAUUGUAACAAUAUUUUACAAUAUUACUGUAUUUUUUGAUCAAAUAAAUGCAGCCUUGGUGAGCAUAAGGACCCUAAUCUUACAGAUUUAAAAUUAUAAAAUACAGUAUAAAACAGUUAUUUUAAAUUGUAAUAAUUCAUGUAAUAAUAUUUCACGGUAUUACUGUUUUACUGUCGUUUGAUCAAAUAAAUGCAGCAUUGAUUAGCAUAAGAGUCUUGAAAAACAUAAAAUCUUACAUUGUUAGCUGGCUUGAUAAUGUUACUUUGAUGACAUUUAAAUCAGCAUCAUUUGAACAAUGUUCAAUAUAUCACACAAAAAGAAAUGUUCAAUUUUGCAAGGCAUAAAAACACAAGUACAUGAUUAAUGAAUUCAAGACAUUAUGACAAGUCAGCACUGGCCCAGUAGUGCACCUAAACAGUCCUGAAACUCUCUCACUUGCCCCGGGCCACAGGACCAUCCUUAUUGUUGAGCCCUGUAUUGGACGGGACAUUAUUGAUCUCAGUAAGCCUGUAUGCACUGCACCGAAAAGCCUUACACACAAGAUGUAACCAGUCCAGCAAUAACACCUCCAGGUGAUACUGAGAGCAAUAGAGGGAAACGUGUGUGUGUGUGUGUGUGUGUGUGUGUGUGUGUGUGUGUGUGUGUGUGUGUGUGUGUGUGGCUUGUCGCAGCAAAACCGCUAAAGGUGGUGAAGAAUAAAGUAUGUCAGCAUUCUGUAAUUUUGGCAAGGCUUUAAUUUUUUUAAUCAAAUGUGAUUUCUCCCGUGGCUACCACAUGCCACUCAAGGGCAGAGCUAAAGUGACCCCUCCCUCCUCACAUUGCACCAUCAGCACUCAGGAGGGAAUUGCGCCCACUGAGAGUGUCGUUUUAGUCUGCGUUUUAGUUAACACGAUAUUCCAUAAAGAAAGAUAAUGGCACAAACAUCCAAAAAUUAGUUCUGAAUUCAGCACAAUUCCCUGAUCUUGCAGGCCAGCUCUAGGCUGUGGAGGAUUUAGCAGACUACUACAAUCUGGCACACUUUACAGUAGAGCAUCACUACAACAAUCCAGACACCUGAAUCAGCUCUUUAAAAUGCUGACAGUGCUCUCAGCUGCUCAGCACAUCUGGAUCUAUAGCUAUUUUCCAUUAUUUGACCAUCUUGAAUUGCUGCUCGCCAUGAUCACUAGAAACAGAAACAUCUUGUUUAAACAAAAUUGUUUUCUGCAAUAGAACAAAGUUAUUUGUAAAUAUUCAUGGUGGAGCACUAUACCAACACUGUUAGCACCUGGUGAAACUGGAUUGUAGGUGGUUAGUGAAUAAGAAGCAGUUUUAACCCUGAAUUACCGCAUACAAAAAGUGCAACUCUUUUAACAUAUUUCAUCCUUAGAUUCAGCCUCAGAAAGAGUGUGAUGAGCAGUUACAUCCUAUUUUCUCUGGUAUUUAGUGGAGAAGGAAAGCUGGUUUUGUGUGAUUGAGGGUUGCUAAAUCCGUCUAUAACGGGUUAUAGAGCUUAAGGGGAUGAUGUUCGUGGCCUGGGCCACUCUAAAAAAUAUCUCAGCUGCUGCUUUUAUAAAUCUAUAGCUUCUAUAGCUAAUAUUUUGCCAACUUCUUGUUCUCCCUUUUCCUUUAAGCCGCAGUGAGUAAUUUCCACACAAUUAGUGACACAAUUUUUUUUAAUCACAUUUUUUUCCAUUACCAUGUCCCCUUAGGUGCUCUGUACCCAUCUAGGGGCAGUUGCAACCUAAUGUUCAGAGAGUCUGGCUUGUAACCCGAAGGUCGCUGGUUCGAUUCUCUUAUCCACCUUCAAUUCCACAGCUGAGGUGCUCUUGAGCAAUGCACCGAACUCCCAAUUGCUUCCCAGGCGCUGGAGCAUAAUGGCUGCCCGCUGCUUCGGGUGUGUGUAUUCACUGCCCGCUGUGUGUGUUCACUACUCACUGCUGUGUGUGCACUUGGAUGGGUUAAAUGCAGAGCACAAAUUCCGAGUAUGGGUUACCAUACUUGGCAACACGUCAUGAAUUUCACUUUCACUUCUGCCAUUGCCAUUGGUCAGUCAAACAGAUAGUUCCGCCCGAAACUCAAGCCAUUGCUUUGAUGGGCCACUGAAACAAAAAGAUUGCAAUUUGGUUUGGUGCAAGUAUUAAGACUAUUAAUGUGAGUACAGAGGAAUGAGAGAAAUAGGACAACAACAAACAAAUAAACAAAUUAAUAAAUAAAUCAAUAAAUUCAUAUUUAAAAUAUGAUCAUAAUUAAUAUGUAAUAUUAAUAAUAUAUUUUAUAUUUUUAUUCACUAUAUUAGAGGUUUUUUAAAAUAUUUAAAUUUUUAAAAUAUCUCUCAUAAAUAUUUUUUUAAAAAUACUAAAAUUAGCCCAUUAUGUGUUACCCUCAUUAGGUAGUGGUAUCUUUUCAAAGCAUUCCGGCUUUCACAAAACCCACUCUUCACUAAAGCCAAAAUAAUGCAAUUCCACUCCACUUCUCACAUCUAAUACUCUGUGGCUAAUGGUGCAGAAGUUACACACUGUGUCUGUGUGCACAUACUCUCUAAACCCUGUUGAAAAUUGGAUUAAAGUUAAGAAGUCUGUACAUCUAAAGCCCAACAAGCUGGUCUUUUCUGCGAGGAAGUAUCAACUUUAGGUCACGACCCUGGACUGAAUGCGUGUGUGUGUGUGUGUGUGUGUGUGUGUGUCAGUCCAUCCAUCUCACCACCUUCUCAGCCCCUCGUUCACUCACUCUCUGUCGUUCUGUCCUCUCACUCAUUAGUUGGUGGGUUGUUUCAGAUUACAGUGGGAUGUCAUCAUGUCAGCAUUAUUUCCAAAGUGUUAUCCCCAUUCUGAGACAGACUAAUAAUGCCAUGCCUUUAGGGGAACAAGAUUAUGUGUGUACAGUUGAUCCAGGAAAUACCUGGAGAGACUUCCUCAAAACAAAAAAAUAAAAAUACUGCUAAAAAUGUUAUGACAGGAACAUACAGUAGAGGUCAAAUGUAUCAUGCUGAUGUCAGCAUUAUGGCAAUAUAAGGAUGGACAGUAGAGGUGGUAAACUUUAUAGCAACAUGCUGCAGUGUGUGUGCCAUUUUCACCUGCUGUGAACUCUGAGAGUGAUCAUGCGUGACUAUGUCAUCGGCCUUUAGAAGAAGAGCGAUGGGGAGGGGUUGUUUUGGUAUUUUAUUCCUCUAUGAAUAUUAAUGUGUAAUAUAGCAGGUGAUAAAGGGGACAAGCCCUAGUGCUAUUCGAUAGUAAAGUUCAAUGUAAGAGCAGGACUUUAUCUGAGUUUCCAGGCACUAACAUUGGCACAACACUGCAGUCUGUUCGGCUCCAAAACCGCAAGAACCAUCAGCAAUGCAGCAGGGGUGGCCUGUGUCAGGAAGAUCUGUGGAGAUACUCACACACACACAUACAUUCAACAGAACACUAAUGAACUAGCAGCACAGAGUUCAACUACUGCUAUAUCUUUGUGAAUGAACAAACAUAACCUCAGCUGCUAGCAGUAAAACAGAGUAUGAAUAAUAGAGGCUGAAGUAUAUGCAGAAUGCAGCAAACAUUUUCAAACAGAUGCAGCCAAAACCUCACAAUGGCCAUUAGCCGUUAUCAUUUUUAGCAUUAGCUUCUAUUGUUUUUGCUAACAUUUGGCUGAAGCUAAUGCUUUUAGGAAAGUUAAAAGGUAUCAUUGUACGUCUAAGUCCCCAAGGAGUUGGGUAUGUGUGUACAGUAUAAAUUAAACUAAGCUAGCAGUAUGCUAAGCUAGGGUGACCAUAUGUGCCAUUUUCUUAGGACGCGUCCUGUCCAGGAUUUCUAAAUUGCCUAAAAUGGCUUGAGCCCUUGCCUCUUUAAUCGUGAAAGUGGUCAUAUCGAUGUGCCCCCGGAACGCAAUUUCUACACGGAGGUCUGUGCAAGCUACUGUUCUUAUUGACAGUCUUCAUGCAAUGCAUUAAAAUGUUGUCGUAUUUGCAAUGCUUUGACCGUUCUCUGUAGAUCCAGCUUUCUCGCAAGCCACGAUUGGUCGAUUAUGUAUAAUGCACGCUAUUGGUCAAAUUAUUUAUCAGUCAUUACCUUCUGCAAAUAUGAAAACAAAACCAAAACUGGGACAUUUUAUGCAACUUAGAAAUCCUGGACAGGACGCGUCCUGGGAAAAUGGCACAUAUGGUCACCCUAGCUAAGCUAGUACUUUGAGGGGUUCUAUACAAUUUCAUAACAAAUCUGCAAAAAAAUGUUGUACCUAAUAUAUCCUUAAAAGGUGUGAAUUAGUACCUUGUUGUAGUAAUAUGUACUUUUAAGGUACUACUAUGAACCCUUUACGUAUAACUGAGGUACAAAGUUGUCCCUUUAAGGUUGGAAAAUAUUCAAUUGUGUAGUGUCAUUACAAUUAUUGUACUGUUCCUGAUCACGUCUGAGCCCACACGAUCCCAAAGCAGAUCCCAAGCAUGUUUGAUAUUUACGACUCUUGAUCGGGCUGCCACUGAUGUGAUACCCGCGAUGACGGUCUUCCUAGGAGUCCGCACUUUCGUGAUGUAAUGCCACUUUGACUGUUGGGAAGAAGUCUGCUGUGAGGUUUGCACCUGUGCGGGCUCAGGAAAAGUGUGCAUCGAGGGCGCUUAGCAGCCCUAAAGGGGGUGCUCGCAAAAACCCUUAUGAAACCUAAAUAAUGAAUGGUACACCCUAUGGUCUUGUAGACCAAAAGUGCACAUGAAGUGUGCCAUUUGGGACAGGGCCUAUAGCUGAAUCUUGGCAGCCACAAACAUGCUUUGAAAGUGGAGUAUUGAGAAAGAAGAUCAUCCAUAUUCUUUUUUUCUCCUUUGUUUUUCUUCCUGUAGAACAAAGCUCACGCCAAGAGAACCAGCUGACGACGUUGAUCGUCCUCCAUUUGCUUUUCUUCUCAAGUCAUGUUUGAUCUCGUCUCACUGUGAAAAUGUUACUACAAUCAACAGGUGUAUGGUCUCGCGGUCUAGACAAAUGUUCUAGUGUGUGCAUUCAGAGGAUUAUAAUGCUAAAAAUCAGUUGAAACUCCCCUUAUGUCUGUGGUCUCCCACAGUUUUGAAAUCGGUUAAGAUUUGAAAUUCAUCUAGUGUGUGGCCAGCCUAAGGCAGGGCUGGGCAACUCUGGCCGUCAAGAUCUACUUUCCUGUAGAGUUUAGCUCCAACUCAUCUGCCUGAUGCUUUCUAGUAAUCCUGAAGACCUUGAUUGGCUUGUUCAGGUGUGUUUGAUUAGGUUUGGAGAAAAGCUCUGCAAAAAAAAUGGGCCUGAGUUGUCCACCUCUGCUUUGAGAUUACUGCCCCAGCAACUAACUGUUGUACCCCAAAAGGUAAAAAAAUUUCUGAGAGUGUAUGUAACAGUAUUUCAUACAAGAUAAACCAAGGAACUUUGUAGGAUUGCUAAUCAGGUUCUGAAUUGGGUGCCCAUUAAAAGUUAUUUUAGCCAGUGGAAUUGCCUUGGGUCCUAGAUGAACCUGAUUCAACAUCCUGAACUAACUGUUCAUGAUGUCUGAAUUUCCAAAUUUCCCACUUGGUGCAUAAAGUCAAUGCACUUUCUAACAAAUGCUAGUGUUGUGAUUUUGUUGCAUUAUGCAUCAUCUUCCGGGCAGAACACUCAUGGUUGGAAGGCUGAUAUUCAAAGUAGAAAAAUCCCAUGACCAAUGUUGGAUGGAACACUCAGAGCUUCCUAGAUAAUUUAGGGAUCAUACACUCUCAGAAACAAAAGUAGAAAAGUACCUUUAUGGAGCUUGUCACUUGUGCAGUAUCCUCAAAGGGACAACUUUGUACAUUAUUUACCCCUGAAAGUUCAUAGUAGUAGACCUUAAAGGGUACAAAUUACUAAUACUAAUAUGCACCUUUUAGGGGUAGAUAAGGUACAAGUAUAGGAUGUCACUGGGGCUGUACCCUUAAAGGGAUGAGCUAAGGUACAAAUCUGACACAUUUUUAGACACUGUAGAUGCAUUCUAGUCAGGCAGCUGGCUAGGUUUUGAGACUGCCUCAAAGUUUUUCUACUACAUUCUUGAUGUGCCAAUAACCAUUAUGAAACUGUGGGUGAAGGUGCAGUAGAGUUUCAAAUAAGAUUUGUGUGCAGAGAGUUGGCUCAGCUUUAAGUGCAAAGUAACUUUUGGUUUGGAUGGGAGCUUUGGGACCAGAGGCAGUGCUGCAGGUCUUGCUGUACUGCUGGACUGAAGUUGUUCUCUGUGAGACUUUAGAUUUGCUGGAUCGAUUUGCUGUCUGUGGAGGUGUGUCCGUCACGCUCUGUCCAUCAUGCAUGAAGCUCUGCAGAAUUUACCCAACUGAGAGUCACUUACACUCUCCCCUCUUGUUUCACCUCUUUGUCGUUGUGUCUUGUCUUAUCUCAUCUUUUCUCCUGUUCUUUCUUUUCCUCUUUGUCUCAUCGCUUAUCUUCCUUUUUUGUCUCUUUUCUUCUCUUCUUUGUCUCAUUUGUCUUGUCUCGUCUCCUUUGUUUCGUUACACCUUCUCUCUUCUUUUUGUCAUUGUGUCUCAUCUCAACUCAUUGUCCCAUCUCUUCCUUGUUUCGUUACACCUUCUCUCUCCUUUUUGUCAUUGUGUCUUGUCUCAACUCAUUUUGUCUCCAGUAUUAUCUUCUCCUCUUUGUCAUGUCUCCUCUCUUCCUUAUCUAGUCUUGCCUCCUUUAUCGUCCCAUCUCCAUUUCUCUUCUCAUCACUUGUCUUGUUUCGUCACAUCUUUGUCCUCUCCUCUCAUCUUCUCUCUUCCUCUGUCUUAUCUUGUCUCUGUUCUUCUUCUCAUUUUGUCUCUUUUCAUCAUUUGUUUUGUCUCACCUCUUGUCUUUACCUCUUCUCCCCAUCUUGACUCUUCUUGUCUUAUUUUUAAUUUAUUCUCUCCUGGUCUCAUCUUCUCUUUUGUUCUCUUCUCUCCAUUUGUCUUGUCGUCUCACUUAGUCUUGUCUUCUCGUCUUUUCUUUCUUAUCUCCCACCUCUUCUAGUCUUUUGUCUCUUCUCGUCAUUUGUCUUUUGUCUCUUGUCUCUUCACCUUCUCUUUCUCAACUCCCACCAUGUCUAGCCUUUUCUUGUUUCUCAUCUCAUCUCAUUUAAUCUCUUCUUGUCUUUUGUCUUGUUUACUCUCAGUUUUGUUUCUUUGCCUUCUUUUUCUCAUCUCCCACCUCUUUUAGCCUCAUCUCUUCUCAUUUUGUUUCGUCUCAUCUAGCGUCUUCUCGUCUUGUCUUGUCUCUUUUCUCUUCUGCAGUAGGCUGCUCUGACUCUGCCCUCCUCGUUUGUAUCUCUGCAGUGCUGGUUUAGUGAGGGUGAUGCCAUAAAGGCUGCUGUAAGCCAUCUUCCUGUCUUAAGGAAGAGGAGGACUAAAUCAGAGCGGAUGACAGUUUUACUCUGGGGACCAAAGCUUAGAGACUUUCCCCCGCCUUAACUCACAAUGCUUUCAUCCACUUCAAGCGUAAUGUGGAUUUGCCCACUUCCAGUUGAGUGUAGAAAGUUUAGGAUUUAUACUUCUGAAGAGAAAGUUUGUUUUUCUCAGGAUGAUCACAUCUUUUCUUCACCCAUUGAGACCAGAGAAAAGCAUGACAGCUGCUAUCAGCACAAUAUGUUUCCAUAAUGUUAAGGUGACCUUGUAUAUAGCGCAUCAUCAAAUGUCAUGACAUCAUUUGGGGAACAUUUCUUCCAGCCUGAAAUGAUAGCUCCCACAUUAGUCCCACACAUAUGGCCACUGAUCAUUUUUAUGGGGUGUGUGACAGAUCACUGGGAAAUGUAGUGGAGUCAGAUCCCCUUUCCUUGCCAAACACUUGUUCAGUGUGUGUGAGAGGUCCUCCACUCUGAUAACCCCUCUUGAGCUCUUGGCAUCCUGUAACACAGCGGAGGCUCGACUGCAGUGUGACAUCAGCUUAGAGCAGGAAGGAAACACACACUACAGGGCCGGAUCAGCCCUUUAUCAUCUCUGACAGAUUGAAAACUUUUAUUUAUUAGUUAUUUUAGUUUUCUCUCCCUCUUUGUGUCUUUGUGCUGUUGUUGCACAUUCAGAAUCAGUGUUUCAGAAAAUACUUUAAAACUGCAGCGAAUAGCUAAAGUACAGUCACACUCCCCUUUUUUAAAAAAAAAUAGUUAGCUACACUAGGGAAGAAAUAUCUUUACAAGGAAAUUAUUAUAUUAUAUCAUUUAUUUUUUGCAAUCAGAUUAACUUGAUAAAGAUCUCUGUUUGAAUAACAAAAGGAUCAAUUUACACUUGGGCUGCCCCCUAAUAGGCGACUGAACGUUAGUCGACUAGAAGAGGCUUAGUCGACCAAGAUUUUAUUAGCCGGUUAGUCGCAGAAAAAAACUCCACAGGAAGUGGCGUAAUCACGCAGUCCGUGAGGGGACACAUCGUUAACAGCGGGUCCUUGUGGUAAUUACAGUAUGUCAGGCAGAAAAUCCAAACGUUCACAUUAUCCGUCGACCUCAAAUAUGGCUUAUUAUUUGAAACGUAAGCUGUAGCAACUUUACAUGGCUGCUCGCUCUAAUAUUAACCUAGUUAAAUGUGCGCUAUUAUACAUCCAAGUGUUCAUGCAGAGUGUGGAGGGCAGUUAAAGUAUAGCGUGAUUUACUGCAUGACAUGGAGGCGCCGGCGCGAUCACUUGCAUUGUUUCAUUUU